AUGGAGUUGUUGUGUCAUGAAGAUGGACAAUUCCAAACCUCCUCAGAAAGCACCACCGAAUGUAUGGAUUCCACUGCUCUUCGGGCCAGCUCUGACCCGACCUUGACACGGGACCAACAAACAUUGUAUAACUUUCUGUCCCUGGAAAAGACCAGUCGGACAUCACCAUCAUACUCUGACAAGAUUCAGACAGACAUUCAUCCAUAUAUGUGGAGAAUAUUGACAGUAUGGCAGUAUGGACAAAAUAUCCAUAGUGAAUUACAUCAUAUUCAGGUCACGUGGUAGCCUACUUUUGAUAGAAUGCUACUGUCAAUGCAAUGUAAUUAAUUAAUGGACCACCAUCAGCCCACAGCAACACUGUCAUCCAAGUUUAGUUAUCUCAGUUCGCAUUGUUAUGUAAUGCACUCAUCAGCCUACAUUGCACCUGAAAACAAGAGCCAAGACGGACUCCCUUGGACUGAUCUUUUCCAAAAGGGUCAGUGUGCUGUUGUUCUCUAAAUAGUAUCAUAAAAUAGAGACACAUUGGAGGACUACAGUACAAAAGCUACAAGAAAACGGAUUAUGAAUAUGAUGAGAUCUCCUCUCUGUCCAGAAAGCUACCAUUCAAGCCACCAUUCACCAGCUCUGCAAGAGUUAUGUCAAAAUACAAGCAACCCAUUUUUUUAUUUUUAUGUAUUGUUUUUGACCGGAAGAGCGGUCAAAUACAAUACAUUGACAUUUUUGUGGUUGCUUGUAGAUUUUUAUUUAGACCCGGUAAGCAGUGGUGGAAAAAGUACCCAAUUGUUAUAUUUGAGUAUAAGUAAAGAUACCUUAAUAGAAAAUGACUCAAGUAAAAGUGAAAGUCACCCAGUAAAAUUCUACUUGAGUAAAAGUCUAAAAGUAUUUGGUUUUAAAUAUACUUAAGUAUCAAAAGUAAAAGUACGAAUAAUUAGAAAUUCCUUAUAUUAAGCAAACGGCACAAUUUUCUUGUUUUAAAUUGACGGAUAGCCUGGGGCACACUCCAACACUCAGACAUCAUUUAUAAACAAAUCAUUUGUGUUUAGUGAGUCCACCAGAUCAGAGGCAGUAGGGAUGACCAGGGAUGUUCUCAUGUUAAUGUCACAUUUCAGGAGAAGACCCAGAUGCAGACAGUGUCGAAGUAACAAAAGUUUAUUACAAAAACAGGUCACGCAAACGACAGGUCAAGGGCAGGCAGAGGUCAGUAAUCCAGAUCAGAGUCCAAAAGGUACAGAACAGCAGGCAGUCUCAGGGUCAGGGCAGGCAGAGGUCAAUAAUCCAGGGUGAUGUCUCCUGGAAACAGGAGACAAAGGGCUGUGAGACAUGGGUUUGAUCCUAGACAGCGUCAGGAACAAACAUCCAGUUAUCUGCCCCCCCCCCCCCCCCCCCGGCUGGGAACGCUGCGCCUCCCGGACCUGCUUCCCUAUUCCCCAACUGAGUGCCGUUGCCAAGCACGAGGUGGGAAGGAUGGUCUCGGAUUCCGGGGGUGUAGCCACGGGGCUAUAGCAGCGUUACAGCGCAUCUGGCUUGACUUUCUUGGUUCCCGGUCGGUAUGAGAGGGAGAAGUUGAACCGGGUGAAAAGCAGGGCCCACCUAGCUUGCCUGGAAUUGAGAUGCUUGGCGGUGUGGAGAUAUUCCAAGUUCUUGUGGUCUGUCCACACAAUGAACGGAUGUUCCGCUCCCUCCAGCCAGUGCCUCCACUCCUCCAACGCCAUCUUCACCACGAGAAGCUCACGAUUCCCCACAUCGUAAUUCCGCUCUGUGGUGUUGAGGCGAUGGGAGAAGAAGGCGCAGGGAUGUAAUUUGAGGUCCAGGGCCGAACGCUGGGACAGGACCGCCCCCAGUCCGACAUCUGAUGCAUUGGCCUCCGCCACGAACAGGCGGGACGGGUCAGGAUGAACCAAGAUGGGAGCAGUGGUGAAACAGUGUUUGAGGUCCCGUAAUGCCCGGUCAGCAGCUGGGGACCAUAUGAUCGGAACCUUGGGAGAGGUGAGUGCAGACAAGGGAGAAGAUGAGGAUGUUGUCGAGGUAGACAACGAUGAACUGGUUCAACAUGUCGCGAAGAACAUCAUUAACCAGGGCCUGGAACACAGCUGGAGCAUUGGUAAGGCCAAAUGGCAUGACGAGAUACUCGUAGUGACCGCUGGCCGUGUUGAAGGCAGUCUUCCAUUUGUCCCCCUCCCGUAUCCGCACCAGGUGGUAGGCAUUCCGUAGGUCCAGCUUGGAGAACACGUUGGCCCCCUGGAGCGGCUCGAAGGCAGAGGAGAUGAGUAGUAGAGGGUAGCGGUUCUUCACUGUGAUGUUGUUGAGGCCCCGGUAGUCGAUGCACGGGCGCAGGGUUUUGUCCUUCUUCUCCACAAAGAAGAACCCUGCGCCGGCGGGGGAGGCAGAAGGACGGAUGAACCCGGAAGCUAGGGAGUCCUCAAUGUAGGUCUCCAUAGCCUUGGUCUCUUGAUCCGACAGCGAGUACAGUCUUCCCCGGGGUGGAGUGGUGCCUGGGAGAAGCUCUAUUCCGCAGUCGUAGAGUCGGUGUGGCGGAAGCGAAGUGGCCCGGGCCUUACUGAACACCUCCCGGAGGUACUGGUACUCCACGGGAAUGGCGGAGAGGUCCGAGGCAACUUCCGAGCCCCCAGGAAGACGUCCUGGUGCAGGCUGCGCUGACUUCAGGCAAUGAGCAUGGCAGAACGGGCUCCAGCCCAUGAUGGCACCAGUAGACCAGUCAAUAAAGGGGUUGUGUCGCUGGAGCCAAGAAAAACCCAAUACCACAGGAACCUGAGGAGACUUAAUUAGCAGGAAUUGGAUCCUCUCGCUGUGGUUCCCUGAUACUCGUAGGUUGACUGGGGUGGUAUUGUGGGUGACCCAGCCUAUAGAGCGCCCGUCCAGCGCUCUAACGUCCAUGGGAAUGGAGAGGGGCUGAGUGGGGAUGCCCAGCUCGGACGCCAGGGUAGCGUCCAUAAAGCUCUCAUCGGCCCCAGAGUCGAUGAGUACCCGGAGAGAUUUCGACUGGUUCCCACACAGCAAGAUGGCAUGAAAGGGGAUGCGAGUAAGGGGAGAGGAAAAGUUAUCCCAAUGGCCCACCUGAGUACUCGCUCCUACCGGUGAGCCUGGUCUUUUAGUGGACAGGUGGACACAAAAUGACCAGUAGUCCCGCAAUACAGGCAACUCUUUGUGUGAAGCCUGUAUUGCCGUUCGGCUGGAGACAACCUAGCUCUGCCUAGUUGCAUCGGCUUGGGAAGAGGUGAACCGGCAGACUUCGGAGACUCUCGGGGGAACUCGGGUAGCCUCGGGUUCUCUCUGCAACGGAGCAGUCGGGGACUUCCGGGAUGCCUCGGAGGCGAGGUGGAAUCUUUGGGCGGGCGAGUGGAAUCGGACUUCCUUCCUUCAUUCCCGUAGUCGCCCAUUGAUCCGAAUGGUCAAGGCGAUGAGCGAGUCGAGAUCCGUUGGUAGUUCCCGGGCUGCAAGCUCGUCCUUUACUUCCUCCGAUACUCCGUGCAGGAACGUGUUGUGCAGCGCUUCUGGGUUCCAGGCACACUCAGCUGCUAACGUGUGGAAAUCCACUGCAUAGUCUGCCACACUGCGGGAUUCUUGCAGAAGCAACUUCUGGUGCAGCCUCUCUCCCGGACAAUGGUGCAUCGAAAACCUUAUUUACCUCCUGCAUGAACUCCUCCAGACUGAAGCAUACGGCCGACUGUUGUUCGCACACUGUCGUAGCCCAGGCGAGAGCCCUCCCGGACAUCAGCGUGAUGAAGUACGCUAUCUUAGAGUGGUCCGAGGGGAAGGAGGAGGGCUGCAGCUCGAUGAUGAGCGAACACUGAGCGAGAAAUGCCCGACAGGUUCCCAACUCUCCAGCGACGCGUUCCGGGGAGGUAAGUGGGGUUCUCGGGAAACCAGGGUGGCCGGGGAGGCCAUGCUGCUAACAGCCGGGUUACUGAGGGUCUGGGAGGUUACCGUCGUGGUAGGCUGCCUAACAGACAACCCGCGGAAUUGCUCCAGCAAUGUGUUAAACGCUCGGUCAUGGCGUUCGGCCAAGGUCUGGAACCCUUCCAUGAGAACACGAAGCAACUCCUCGUGCCUUCCAAUGGUGGCUCCUUGGGAGGAGAUGGCGUUGCGGAGCUGGUCCGAGUCUGCUGGGUCAGUCAUGGCCAGUUCGUACUAUCACGUUUCAGGAGAAGACCCAGAUAAAGACAGUAUUGAAGUAACAAAAGUAUUACAAAAACAGGGGGCAGGUAAACGACAGGUCAAAGGCAGGCAGAGGUCAGUAAUCCAGAUCAGAGUCCAAAAGGUACAGAACGGCAGGCAGGCUCAGGGUCAGGGCAGGCAGAAUGGUCAAAACCGGGAAAACUAGAAAACAGGAACUUGACAAAGACAGGAGCAAGGGGAAAAACCGCUGGUAGGCUUGACGAAUCAAAACGAAGAUCAGGGUGUGACAGAUAAGUGUGUGAAUUGAACCAUUUUCUGUCCUGCUAAGCAUUCAAAAUGUAAAGAGUACUUUUGGGUGUCAGGGAAAAUGUAUGGAGUAAAAAGUAAAAAAAAUUCUUAAGGAAUGUAGUGAAGUAAAAGUAAAAGUAGUCAAAAAUAUAAAUAGUAAAGUACAGAUACCCCAAAAAACUACUUAAGUAGUACUUUAAAGUAUUUUUACUUAAGUACUUUACACCACUGCCAGUAGGCCUAUGGGAAGAACACAGGGCGUAAAGGCAGUAAAUGACAAUAGGCAUAUUUGUUGAGUAAUGAACGUAUUUUGACAUUAUAACACUUUGCAGAGCUGGUGAAUGGUAGCUUUCUGGGCAGAGAGAAGAUCUCGACAUAUUCAUCAGCUCCUUUGCCUAGAUACUAAUGCAUGAGUAUAGAAACAAAUCCAUUCAUGAAACCAGUGCAGUCACAAUUUAUCAUUGUUUAACAAACUUCUUUCCUCCAACAGGUUUGUGAGGAGCAGAAUUGUGAGGAAGAGUUAUUUCCUUUGGCCAUCCACUAUCUGAACCGUUACUUGAGUCUCUUUCCUGUUCAAUGUGCCAACCUGUAG